AAAGAAAUGACUGAAUAGAGGAAAGAACUUCUGCGUUUGCGCCGUUUUAAAAACGGGACCAAGAACCGCCAGCGAAAUGAUGACAGUGUUGAAAGUGUUCUUUUUUCCUCAUCUAUUUAAUUAAAGAUUCGCUGUAAAGUGCAAGAUUAUUUUUAAGAUCGCGUUGUUUUAGAAGAGCAGGUGGUGUAUCAAAAUCGUGUCUUAUUGAAAUCGUUUUAAUUUUUUAAUGCACACAUGUUUUGGCCAGCACUUUGCACCGUAGAAUGGGAAACUUAAAGAAAAAGAAGUGCGAUGGAUGAAGAUGAUGAAUUUUAUGACACAAUUUCCUUGAAUUCUCAAGCUCCAAUACACCGGAAACGAAUUAAUAAUAAGGAGUACAUUAGUUUAUCGAGAAAUACGAUUUAUCAUUCAGCUAUAGAAUUGGAUAAUAUGGAUAAUCAUGAUGCUACUUCAUCAAAUUGGAGGAGUUUCUCUAUGGAAGAUUUACCCGAUUAUGUUAUUGCUUAUGACACAACAACGGAUCCUAUUAAAUUAAAAAAGAGGGAAACCUUUGAACAAAAUUUAAUUGACGUUGGUUUGAUUUUAAAAAAAGACGAGCACCAACACAGAAUAAAUUUCAUCAAGAUUUAUGUUCCCAGAGAAGUUUUAUGUCAAUACGCAGAACUACUUAAACUAAGACUACCAAUCAAAGAUCCGGAAGGUUUUACCCCUAAAGAAAAUAUUUUUUCAUCUGUGAUAAAAAGGUGUUUAGAUAGGUGCAAGGUGAGAUUGGACGAAAAAAAAUUUCCACCACAACAAUAUAAAUUAACGGCCGAGUUCUCCAGGGACAAAUAUUAUUUAUUUGAUGUUGACGAUCCAAAUUUUUUUAAUAUUGGAGUUCGAAUAUCUGUCAUUUCUUACAUUUUAGAUCGAGAGAAAUAUGGAAAGGAAGAUCAUAGUAAAGGGAUUAAAAAUUUAAUUUCUACAGAUGUUUAUAAAGCUGCAUAUCCAUUACAUGAUGGCGAUUUAAACAACAAAUCAUCAAAACGCAAAUUAUUAUUAGAUGAAUGGGCAUCAGUUUCAAAAUGGGUUAAAUACCAACCAAUCGAUGAUAUAAAAGAUUAUUUCGGCGUAAAAUUCGCUUUGUAUUUUACAUGGUUAGGAUUUUACACCCACAUGUUAAUUCCUGCCUCAAUCGUUGGGAUUCUUUGUUUACUUUAUGGCAUAAUCAGCAUACAAAACGAUACUUUAAGUGGAGAUAUAUGCAACAAAGAUAUAGUAAUGUGCCCACUAUGCGAUCGUGUGUGUAAUUUUUGGCAAUUAAAAGAUAGUUGUGUGUAUUCGAAAAUCGUGCGAUUAAUUGAUAAUCCAGCGACGAUUUUUUUCGCUGUGUUUAUGAGCGUUUGGGCCGCAGUUUAUUUGGAGUUGUGGAAAAGAUACAGUGCUGAGAUUGCUCAUCGUUGGGGUUUAACCGGAUUUGAUUUGUUAGCAGAACCUCCUAGACCCGAAUAUUUAACGCGAUUAGCCAAUGCCAAAAAGAAAAAGUUAAACGUUGUUACAUCGUUGGAGGAGCCGGUUGUUCCGUUUUGGAGGGUUAAGUUACCGUCGAUUAUUUUAAGUUUUUCCAUCGUUUUACUUUGGGUUAUUUUAGCUCUAGGUGUUGUAGCCGGAAUAGUUUUAUACAGGAUGUCUUUGUUAUCAUCAUCAGCUUUGUAUUCGGAUAAAACUAGUUAUAGGAUUUAUGUUGUUCCCUUAACGGCUGGUUUAAUUAAUUUAGUUUGCAUCGUAAUUUUGAAUUUUCUUUAUGAUCGUUUGGCCCAAUGGUUAACGGAAAUGGAACUUCAAAGAACGCAAACCGAAUUCGAUGAUAGUUUAUCCCUAAAAAUCUAUAUGUUUCAAUUCGUUAAUUAUUACUCCUGCAUUUUUUACAUUGCAUUUAUAAAAGGGAAAUUUGUUGGAUACCCGGCUAAAUACAACCGAAUUUUUGGGCAUCGCCAAGAAGAAUGUAAUCCCGGAGGGUGCUUGAUGGAAUUAACGAUGCAACUUGCAAUUAUAAUGAUAGGGAAUCAAUUUAUAAGUGGAAUAAUAGAAAUGUUACUCCCGGUUUUAUUAAAAAUCUAUAAUACGAUAUCAAGCGGAUUUAAAUCGAACGAAAAAACGCAUUGUAACAAUGUAAACGAGAUAAACGAGGUUGAUUGUAAACAAUAUAAAGAGGAUUAUAAAUUAAAUUCGAUGGAUUCGAGAACUUUAUUCACGGAAUAUUUAGAAAUGGUGUUGCAAUACGGUUUUGUUACGAUUUUUGUUACUGCGUUUCCUUUGGCUCCUCUUUUCGCAUUGAUUAAUAAUAUUUUUGAGAUGCGUUUAGACGCGAAAAAGUUUAUUAAGUAUUAUCGUAGGCCGGUUCCGCAACGGGUGAAAAAUAUUGGGGUUUGGUACAAUAUAAUGAACAUUAUCGGAAAAAUUUCGGUCGCAUCAAACGCCAUUAUUAUCGCAUUUUCAUCAAAUUUCAUUCCAAAAUUGGUGUAUACCAUUAAAUUAAAUCGAAAUCAUACAGAAUCGGGAUUUUUAGAGCACUCAUUAGCUUAUUUUAACGUAAACGAUUUUCCUAAUACUACAGCUCCUUUAGAAAACUUCUUAAAUGUUACUACUUGCCGUUACCCUGAGUAUCGAAAUCCUCCCUGGCAUUCACAAAAGUAUAAACGCCCCGUUGAGUAUUGGCACGUUCUUGCCGCGCGUUUAGCUUUUAUUGUGAUUUAUCAAAAUUUAGUUAAUGUUAUUAUAACGGCGAUUCAAUAUGCUAUACCGGAUGUUUCUCGAAAAUUAAGUGAUCGAAUUAAAAGGGAAGCUUUUAAAAUUAACGAGACUAUUGUUAAACAUGAAAUGGAAUAUCGAUUAAGAACGCGGAAUAAAAAAGGGGGGAGCGUUGUAAGAAGGAAAAACGGGGAUUUAUCUGGAGAUACAAUCUUUAGAGAUGUCUCUUCCGAGAAUAACGGGGAUAUAAUGUUUAUCGAUGCAGGUGGGGCGUUAGAAAGUGGAAAUGAUGCUGUUACCGAGCUUUAGAUGGGUGCCUUUAUUCCGUUUAUAAAUUUAAUAAAAAUUGGGGGACCUUAAACUCGUAUUAAACAAAAACAACUUUAAGUACUUAAAAUUAAUCAUUAACAUUUUAGGCGAUGACAAUAAAAUUAUUUUUUCGGAAAAUGUGAUAAAAAGGUUAAAUUUAAAGGUGUCUGAAUCAAUUAGAUUAGGAUUCUUUUUUCUUCGAUAGUUAAUUUCUUUUCUAGUCUAUUUUCUUAACGAUAUAUACAUAAAAUGGGGCACAGUUUUUCAUAUACUAACUCUCAAAUCAAAAAAAUCACAAAAAAGUAUUUUUUUACUAAGAGUUUCCUAGAAUCUCGCUUGAGGAGCACAAAUCGUUUUUAUUUAAACAAUUUUAAAUUUUAUAUAAUUUUUUUUAUAAUUCUUUAACCAUUUUGUUAUAAA